AUGGCUACUGAAAGUAAUAGGUUAUCGCAACCUAUAGAAUUAUGUUUUAAUUCAUUGAUUGAUUUGGUGAAUCAACUUGUUCCAGAUGAUGAUUCGAAUUAUUUAUUAGAAACCUUCAGUUUUGAAAAGUUCAUUGGUAAACACCAAAUAUUUGAAGAUAUUAUCAAAGAAUAUGAUUUUGACUAUAAAAUAGAUAUACCUAUGACACGAGAUGAUAAUGUUAAUGAUGAAGUAACAAAUAACUUGAAGAAAGAGAUAGAAAAUUUCAAUUUAGGGUUGGAUGAAAAAACUAGAGAUUUCGUAUUGACUAUGGCUUUUCAAAAGGCAGGCCAUGAGGUUCUUGCCCAGCACUUAGAGGAAUUGAAGAAUUGCAAAGAUAAGAAUGAAACUGAAACAAAUAAGAUAAUUGAAGUUGGAACAUUUAAUAUUUCUCGUGAAGAACUUAGAAGCUAUAAUAGACUAAGUAUAUUGGUGGAUUUUCAAAUGCAUCUAGUAAUCGAGUCAUAUCCUUCACUCAAAUCAAGUUUCUACCAAUUACUAUCACAGAUACUGCAAGUGCUCUUUAAUGCAUCUACACACACAAUAAGUAUAUUUUGGUACUAUUUGGAAACCCGUAAAAGCUUAAUUCAAGAUAAGAUUUUUGAUAAGCAAGUUACUAGCGACAGAAUUUCUUUCUUGGAAAUAUGUAACACCUUGACAGACAGAUUCUUUGAAAAAAAUAUACAAGGUAAAAGAGAUUUGUGCAAGAAAGAUACGUUCAACGAUACAUUUCAAUACCGUGUGAGAAUGUUCAUAGCCAACAUUUUCAACUUUGAAGACAAUACAGGAUUAAACAAAUAUUUCAGCACUUCUAAUAGAAUCGUUAAAGAUUUCUCUACAAACUCAAGAUCCAGAGAUGACAGCUUUAUUAAAGAUGUGAUACAGAUUAAUAAAUUGUUCCGUGACCCUUAUUACUACUUAAAACCUGCCAAUCAUAAACAACUUACUAGAAUAUCAGAUACAUUGAAGAAAGUUUAUGAAUAUUUGAUGGAGGAAGAAAUAAAUUGGUCUUCUGUUGCUCCUAAAAUUGACCAAUUUGCUGUCCCAGCUCCAAAAUCUGAAGCUGAAGAAAAGCAUCUUAAAGAAAAAUAUGCAAACAAAUUAUACUUCCCAGAAAAUUAUUCACUUGCGCAAUUUGAUGAAAUGAAGAGAGGUGAAUCUUUUGAUCAAUUAAAGAAACAAGAUUAUAGUUUCAUGUCCAAGCAGUUUGAUGACAGCAAAAUACGUCAAACAUGUUUGGUCCAGAUUUAUUUCAUUUGUCACUUGUAUUAUGAAUUGAACGCAGCAAACAAAAAGGUAUUUUUGAGAUCACUUAAUGGUCCAGCUAAUAUUAAACAUUUUACUGAUGAUUCUCCUCCUGAUAGCUUGGUAUCAUUGUUCUUCAAAAUCAAGCGAGAAAUACCUAAGCGGUAUCGUUCUAUAGAUAGUCAAUUUUCGUUCUUAUUACAGCAUAUGGCUAUUGAUGAAACAUUCUGGUGGGGCUGGUUGAUAUAUGGAAAGGAUCCUAAUACAGGCAAAUCUUUGUUUGUCGAUAAGGUGCUUACCGCUUCCGAAUUAGCAGCGGUGCAAGAGAAGACUAAAACAAUAAUACCUUUCAAAGAAAAGCGCUAUUUCAACAACUAUGCAACCCCUCAAUUGUCCAGAAAGAUGAAAGUAGAGAGAGGGCUUCUGAAGCUAGUUAAGGACAGUGAAACAAGCAGCAACAAUAAAAGACGCCAGGAAGAAAUUGACUUACUUACAGAGAAAAUAUCGAAUGCAACAAAUAAAAAAGAAUUGGAAGAACUUAUUGACGAACGUAACGUACUUACAUGGAAACACUUGAAAAAGGAACGGAACUCAAACUGGUUGCAAUUUGGUAAUUUAUUGAAUAAGCUGAUGUUAAGUGCCGAAUUGAACAUGCCUGAAGCACCAGAAAAACCAACUGAAUCGAUAGAACAACCUGAAGCCAAAGAUAACACAGAGGACAUUAAAGUGGAAAAUAAUGGUAAUAUCGAGGGAGAUUUAGAAGAAAAACCUAUAAACAACACAGAAGAAAUUCAGAAUGGAGUCAAUGGAAAUAGUGAAGACAAACAUGAAGACCAAAAUAAUAUUAAAUCUAAUCCUGAUCUGAGCGAAUUGGAUUCCAAUGCUGAAACUUCAGGUACAAAGAGAUCGCGUGAUGAAGAUGAAGCUGCUACGGAAGAAGAGCCUGUUUCUAAAAAAUCUAAGAAUUAG